AUGAGUGGUCGUAUUGUUUCAAAAGAUGCAGUAAAAUCCAAUAAUGGAAAAAGAACCACCACUUUAAAUAGUGGUAAUAAUAAUAAUAAUUAUAAUAAUAAUAAUAAUAAAAAUAAUAUUGAUAACCAUAAUAAUAUAAAUGAUAAUAAUAAUUAUAAUGAUAAUGAUAAUGAAAAUAUAAAAGUACCAUUAUUAUCAUCAUUCAUAAAUAGUAAUAAUAAUAAUAAUAAUAAUAAUAAUAAUAAUAAUAAUAAUAAUAAUAAUAAUAAUAAUAAUAAUAAUAAUAAAAAUAAUAAUAGUAAAAUGGUAUUUAAAAUUGAAGAAGAAGAUCAUUCCGAUAUAUUUGCAUCAACAAACGAAGAUAAAAAUAAUAAUAAUAAUAAUAAUAAUAAUGGUAAUGGUAAUGGUAAAGAAUUAAAAAAGAAUACAUUAGGAUUAAUUCACUGUAUAGCAUUUUCAAUUGGAGGGGUUGGACCAACAACAGGUAUUUUAUUUGUAUUCCCACAAAUUGCUAUGGUUGCAGGUAGUAGUGUACCAUUUACAUUGAUGAUAGCUACAUUAUGUUGUUUAUCAAUGUCAUCAACGAUUAGUACAUUUGGUAGAUAUAUUAGUACAUCAUCAUCAUUCUAUAGUUAUGUUUCAGAAGGAUUAGGAAAAGAGAUGGGAUUUUUAACGGGUUGGUUAAUGAUCAUUGGUUAUUUAACAUUAUCAGUACAAACGGUGAUUCAAUUUAGUUCAACGACAGCCGAUGUAAUAUCGAGGAAUACUGAUUUUCAUUGUCCAUGGAUUAUGGCAGCAGCAUUUGUUAUACUAUUCAUAUCAGUAUUAGCCUAUGUGGGUAUUAAUCCAGCAUUGAAAUUAUCAUUGAUAUUGGUAAUUGGUGAAACUUUGGUGAUUUUAGUUUUCACAUUGAUAGUUGUAAUCAAAGGUGGUGAUCAAGGUAAUUAUCCAUUAGCAUUCACACCAGCUGGUGAUUAUUCAGGUGGAGUUUCAGGUAUUGCAAGAGGUUUGGUUUAUUGUGUACUUGUUUUCAUUGGUUUUGAAGUUGCUGCAACAUUGGGUGCAGAAACUAGAAAUCCAAAAAAGAAUAUACCGGUUGCGGUGGUUGGUUCAGUAGUAUUAACAUCGGCAUGGAUGGUUUGGGCAAUGUAUGCAAUGGUUGUUGCUGUUGGUGUUUCAAAUAUUUUCAUUAUCUCUUCAAUCAAUUCACCAGCGGAAACUUUUGCAAGAAAAUAUGUAUCUUAUUGGUUUUCGAUUUUAGUGGAUUUAGCGGGUAUUUCAUCAACUUUUAAUGUUUGUACAAGUGCUUUCAAUAAUUUAUUUAGAAUUUUAUAUUCAAUUGGAAAGAGUGAUUGUAAUUCAGUGGUAAAUAAAUUGGCAAUUACAAGUAAAAGAUUUCAAACUCCAAUGGCAGCAAUCAUUGCCUUUUCAACCUUUGUCACUCUAAGUUUGGUAAUUGUAGCUUCGAUUUGGGGUAUUUACACUGACAAUUCUUGGAGAAUUUAUGGUUAUCUAAGUUAUAUUGGUACAAUUCCAUUAAUUUUAAUUUUCAUCAUUACAAACAUUGCCGUUAUACCAUACGUUAAAUUGAAACAACCUCAAGAUUAUCAUGUAUUCUAUCAUUUAAUAUUACCACUCAUUAGUGCCAUAUUAUUCAGUGCAGUUUUAGUUGGUAAUUUUUAUCCUGAUGUUCCUCAAAAACCUUAUUCUUAUCUUUUAAUUGCUUUAGGCGCUUUAAUUUUAAUUGGUGUUAUAAUUAUGUUUAUUUUACGUUCAAAGAAAGGUUUAUUAGAGAAAAUGAGCUUUAUGAUUGCUCAUGAUGGUACAACUUCUUCAACUUCUUCCAAUUCAAAUGGUAAUGGUAGUGGUCCUAUUGAUUUUAAUAAACAUUAUAAUCAUGAUGAUAUCACUGAAUAUAUUCCAACAACUUCUUCAAUUAAUACACCAAGAAAUAAUUUUAUUUAUGAUGAAAAUUUCAUUGAUAAAAGUAUUAAAUAA